AUGGGUGACAUCGCAGGCCAGCUCGCGCAGGCUGCGACGGGGCUGCAGUCCAAGGACGAGUACCGCCGCAAGCGCGAGGCGCUGGAGAGCGGCUCCAGCGCACUCUCUGCCGCGGCCAACGGAGGCGCGGGCGGCGGCGCGCGCGCGGAGGAGGGCGGCAAGAAGAAGAAGAAGAAGAAGGCCGCCUCGAGCGUCCUCUCCUUCGGGGACGAGCUUGAGGCGGAGGAGACGUCGCCGCGGCUCGAGGGCAGCAGCAUGGCGGCGAUGCGCGAGAGGAAGGCGGACGAGACAGCGCGCGCAGAGGAGGCGGCGAUGCGGGAGUUCCUCCUGGCGCAGGAGAAGGCCAAGGCGGAGCCGGUCACGCUCUCGUACACCUUCCGCUCCGAGGUGACUCAGCGUGAGCUGUCCUCGACGAUGCAUCAGGGCACGCUGGCCGUGCUCAAGGGCACGACGGCGGAGGAGGUUGCCAAGCGGGUGCGCGCGGAGGUCGAGCUGCUGGGCGAAAAGUUCAAGCUGCCGGAGGUGUCGGGGGUCAAGGACCUGCACCGCGAGCUGAUGCUGAUCGUUGGCGCGGGCGGCCAGAAGUUCGGCUCCUUCGUCGUCCCGCCGCACAUGAACCUCGUCGAGCUGCUCGCGGCGCAGUGGACGGAGGGGACGCCGCUCUUCGACGGCUUCAA